AUGCAGGCAAAUCCGGUGCUAAUCGAGUCUCUGGUGGUUUUCUCCAUCGUCCUCUGUGCUCAUGUGGCGGUGUGGAACCAGCUGUCAUGGUGCUGCAUUGCUCUGGCCAUCCAGGCCUUCUACGUCCAGCACAAAUGGGACCGUCUGCUGAAGACGGGCGCUGCCGUCUUUCAGUUCCGUCUUUCGGCUAACAGCGGCGUCUUGCCGGCGAGCCUGCUCCUGCCUUUGCUUGGUCUUGCUUUGAAGGGUCGGUGCGCUGCAGUUGGGAACAUCCACUUCGAGCGUUUCGCGAUGGUGAUUACUGUUACGGGAAUGAUCCUGGCGCUUUUUUUGUCACUCAUCGCGCUGGGUAUUACGCGGCCGGUGCCUACCAACACGUGUGUGAUUACGGGGAUUGCAGCCAGCGCCAUCCUGUACACCAUCAAGCAGACGCUGCUGGUUUCGGAGGUGAUCGAGGUACUGGAAGUGCUACUGAUCUUCGUCUAUCUGAGUCUGGUACUCUUAUACCUGCUUCCACGGUGCUUUACACCUGGAGAGGCGCUGCUCAUCCUGGGUGGCAUCAGCUUCAUGAUUAACCAGCUGAUUAAGCGCUCAUUAAACGCCAGUGCCAACGUUAACGUAGAUCCAGUGCAUUUCUUUCUUCCUGUGGCUGUGGCAGGAUUGGUUUUGCUCGGGCUUGUCUUCACCAUCCUCUUCCUCUUUAUGGAAUCCGAAACGUGGGCAGCGUCCGCUUUUUUCCACGUCAUGACCGCCGUACUUGGCUUGGGUUUGCUUGUUCCUUGGUUGUCCCUCCUCACUGGACAUCACCCUUUCUUCUGGAUCUUCGACUUCCUGUCCCAUAAUACUGCUAGACUGUGGUUGUUGGCAUACUGGAUAUUUCUUACCCUGACUGCCAUUAUUGUUGUGGCUCGCCAGAACAGCAAGCGCUCCGAAGGUGCCAAAAAAUACCAGGCGUCCACCACUGUCAGGAAAUACUUUCACCUCCUUAUUGUGUUGACUUAUGCCCCAGGUUUGGCACUUGACCGGCCUUUACUACAUUUAGCAGCCGUAGCAUGUCUGGUGUUGCUGCUGUUCCUGGAAUUGGUGCGUUUUUUCCGCAUUCGGCCUCUUGGCUCCGUCUUGCGCAAGUCACUGGCCCUGUUUUUGGACGACAAGGACUCUGGGCCGCUCAUUCUCACGCACAUCUAUUUGCUGUUGGGAAUUUCCGUGCCUGUGUGGCUCUCGCAAGGACCAUGCGUGCCGAAAGGAGAGACGGCCGGUGCGGUAGGACUGGCACCAUAUGCUGGCGUGUUGGCCGUGGGUGUCGGGGACACUGUGGCGUCCAUUUUUGGAAGCACGGCGGGCGAGAUCCGCUGGCCGGGCACCAAGAAGACUUUUGAGGGCACGGCAACCUCUGUGUUCGCCCAGGUCAUCGCGGUGGCACUGUUCCUAAUUGCGGAUGCCAGCAUAAACUUGAAUGCUAGCUAUUCGUGGGUGGUGGGCUCUAUUGCCAUGGUAGCCAUGCUGGAGGCAUUUACGUCACAGAUUGACAAUCUGCUGUUGCCGUUGUAUUUAUAUGUACUGCUGAUGUUAUAA